AGUGUGAAACAAUAGGACAAGAACAUGAGUUCAUCAGUGCUAAUAGGCUCACAGACCAGGUCUCAUCCACACUUUUGUCUCAGAAGUACCUUAAGAUAAUGCAUUUUGAGCCCCACCCUCUUAUAGGACAGGUAUAUGUGUACACACGCGGGCUGACAGACAGCAGACUGCUGAAGAUUACUUUAAUCGAGCUUUGGAAACUGUACACAGACUUUAAAUACCAGUUUGGGGCACAACAGUGAAAAGUUGCUGACUUGAAGCGAAAAUGGGAAACGAGCAUUCAACUCAGAAAAAACGGCAGAAGGUAAACACAGAGAAAAAAGUCCAAAAUGGAGAACUGAAUGGACAUGCAGUACCAGCUCCAGAAACUGAACCUGAGAUUAUCAAAAAAGCACCAGUGGAGCAAAAGAGUGAAACCCCGCCAGCGCCUGUCACAGAUCAACCAAAACCACCAGAAAAAGAGGAGGUAGACUGCAGUAAAGCCAAUGGACCUGCACAUGUGGAAACGACACCUGAGCCAAAAACGACAGUCGCAACAGAUCCAGAACCACCUAAAAAAGCCCCAAAGCCUAGUGGAGAUGAGGUGUCCGGCUUCCUUAAAAUGUUUAAAAAGAAGAGCGAACCCGUGAAACCUGCAGCAGAAAGCGACGAUGCAGUUGACGCACUGGCCAAAACGUUGGAUCUGAAAAAUGACGUGCAGCCUGAUCCAGUGGACAUAAAGACCAGCGCAGAGCCUGAGCCAGAGCCCGAGCCGGAGGCUGAAGCUCUCGAACCCAGUCCUGUGGAAGCCGCAGACGAAAAUAACCCGUCAGAGGAGGUCAAACCAGUAGAAAAGACAGUUAUGAACUUUUUCAAAACAUUUGUCACUCCGACCAAAACAAGCAAAGAAGCCAAAGCCACUCCAGAUGCUUCAAAAGAACAGUCACAGAAAGAAACCCCACCAGCACCAUCAACAAAUGUACAGGAAGCACCCAAGGCACCUCCUCCUCCUCCCCCAGCACCACCUAAGAUGGAAAGCAAAGCAGAGCCGGCGGUAAAGAAAGAGGAAACGUCUGCAGCAAAAGCAGCGACAGCAGCUGCAACAAAAGCAGAGGGAUCUGCCAAGAGCAAAACUAAAGACAGUGCAUUAAGCAAACUCUUCCGUCCAAAGGUGUUGCUAGGCAAGGUGGUGUCAAAAGUUCAAGCGGCGACAAGCAGUGGAGCCAGAGCUAAGACGUCAGGAGUGCCUGUUGUGGUGGAAGAGAAAAAGCCGGUUGAGGUGCAGGUGGACGCGUCUAAAAGCAGUACUCUGGAGGCCGCCGCCAAACCCGAAGAACCUCCAGCGCCAAAACCCGAGGAGAAGAAACUAGAGAAGAAAUCCACUUUUGGGAACCUGUUUAAACCCAAGGUACUGCUCGGCCAGGUGAGCAGCAGGAUCCAGGCAGCGGCGUCCAGCGCUGCCACCAGCAUCUCCCUCAUGUCUGCUGCAGCGGCACCAGAGCCCAAGAAGGAGACUCCAGCUGCACCUCCGGUGGCAGAAGCCGCUCCACCCGCGAAGGCCAAAGAGGAGCCGAAACCCGUCGCUCCCGCACCGCAAGCGGCCCCAGACAACAAAUCAGUCGACAGCACAGAUAACUCCUCGCCCAACAUGCCCCGCAAGCUGGAGAAGAGGAACUCCCUCCAGCUGUUCUUCAAAAACCUGGGCCAAAAACGCCAUUCUGAUGCCGGAGUGCAAACGGACCCUGUGGCACCCGAGAAGGCCAAAUAAAACCCUGCCUUUGUUUUGAUCGCUCAUCUUUGCCAAAACCAUUGGCAGCCAUGCACAUAAGAACAUAUUUACAAAAGUUGGGAGGUUUUAUGCUGAAUUGCAAGGCCCAAAUUUAAAGUAAAUAUCAAGUAAUAAUCUAAAUCCCCAUGCAUUUAGUGAAAGCAGAAGCAAGUGUAAUGAUAUUCCUUGUUAAGCAAGUGCUAUAUGUGUUUAUGACCGGAGGGAGGAACUUGUGUUGUUUUCUCGUAAAGAAACGUGUCGAGUUGCAUGGUGUGGCAUGAGAUUGAAAAGUGAAAGUGAAAAUGUAAUCCUGCAUUUAAGAUCAACUCCCUUUUCUGUGCAUGUUAAAAUGUAAAGUAUGUUAACUAUACUAACACUACACUCAUAUUGCAUUGCAAUUUACAUGCAUUGCACAUUGCAUUUAAGAUCCCGUUUCACCGGGCCGAAGCAAACAUCACGCGUGUUUGCACGUGAAAGUAAUUUCUUUAUAUAAUCAUACACUCUGUGAUUGUGAAAACAAUGACCUGUCAUUUGCUUAUUUCAAUCACUGAAACCUACAAACCUACACAUUUGAUAUUUCACUUAAAGUGCAAAACUUCUGAAUCACUUUAAUCGAUCUAUAGAAAUCGAAUUAUUUAUUUCACACAAUGUCAAUCGAAUUGAACCCCAACGUACUUGGUUAUUUAAGUUCAACCCAGUUUUCAUUUCCACUUAGAAGGUUGUUUAUUAAUGUUGACUUACUAACUAAAACGCAUUAUAAUUAUUGUCUUUUUAUUUGCUUGGCUGUCCAGUUCUGACCAGGGGAGACUAAACGUAAUUUAGCUAGAUAAUGUUUUAUUUUCUUUCUUAUUUUUCUGAAUGCAUCACUUUGUUAUUAGUAUGAAAUACAUAUGUGGUAUACAAUUAUGCAUAUACAAUGUACAUUCAACUCUCUGCUGCAGUUGCAUAUGUUUCAUGAUUUUUUUUUUCCUAAUUUUCUCUACAUUUGUAAAGAGUAGAUGGGCCUAAUUCAAAAUUCAGACUAUAUCCAUGAAUCUUCGACUUUCUCUAUCUCCUUUGUUGCACUUUUGUCUAUUUAACCAAUUUAUAAAAAUAAAAGAAUCAUUUCUCUCUUGA